CCGCGGGGGGUGGCGGGCAGAUGGCAGCGCUGCGCCGGAGGCACCGCGGCCGGGGGCACCGGGCUUCGCCCCGGCGCUUGGCCCGGUGCGGGCGGCACACAAAGAGGUGCCGUGGCAGCGCCUUCCCCGCCUGCUGCCGGGGGGCCGGGCAUACCCCGCCGGGACCGUGCGGGUGUCCUCGGGCCCGUCUCGUGGCAGGGUGACAUCUCUCCCGGAGUGCGGGUGAUGCCGAUCGGGGGAAGGCCGGUCUGGCCGCUCAGGACCGUGUAUCCCCCCCGCCGUGCCCAGGACAAGCGGCAGUGCUGCCACCUCUCCAUCCCGCUGACAGAUCCCUGCCACCCCUCGGGGUGCUGCUCUGCCCGCUCCCGGACCUGGCAGCGUCUCUGUGCCGCUGCGGGUCAGACCGGGCCAUUGGCACAGAUAUUCCAUGAUUCUGCUGUUGCCUGCGGGGAGCGGAAGCCUAGCAGCAGCAGCAAGGCCUGCAUUGAUCUGUCAGAGCUUGCCUGCCAGCCCGUGCCCACCCUGGCCAAGUCAGGAUUAAUUAAAACGUGCAAACGUUUCCUUUAUUUCUGCUCAGAAUUCGACAAAACCAUUGUGGGAAGAGACUGGAGUGAAAUGCUGCUCAUUGUAGCCACAAUGGCAACAUCAUCUGAAGAAGUGUUGCUGAUAGUGAAGAAGGUGCGUCAGAAGAAGCAGGAUGGGGCCCUGUACCUGAUGGCUGAACGCAUUGCGUGGGCACCUGAGGGCAAGGACCGCUUCACCGUCAGCCACAUGUAUGCAGACAUCAAAUGCCAGAAAAUCAGUCCAGAAGGUAAAGCUAAAAUUCAGCUGCAGCUGGUAUUGCAUGCAGGGGACACAACCAACUUCCACUUCUCCAAUGAAAGCACAGCAGUGAAAGAGCGAGAUGCGGUCAAGGAUCUUCUUCAACAACUGUUGCCCAAGUUCAAAAGGAAAGCUAAUAAAGAACUUGAGGAGAAGAACAGAAUGCUGCAAGAAGAUCCUGUUUUGUUUCAGCUCUAUAAAGACCUUGUUGUGAGCCAAGUAAUCAGUGCUGAAGAAUUCUGGGCCAACCGUUUAAGCCUGAAUGCAGGGGAUAAUUCUGCAGCACCUCAUAAGCAGGAUGUGGGCAUCUCUGCAGCAUUCCUGGCUGAUGUACGGCCUCAGACAGAUGGCUGCAACGGGCUGAGGUACAACUUGACUUCAGAUAUUAUUGAAUCUAUAUUUCGGACAUACCCUGCAGUGAAAAUGAAAUAUGCAGAAAAUGUUCCACAUAACAUGACCGAGAGGGAAUUCUGGACACGGUUUUUUCAGUCUCAUUAUUUUCAUCGGGACAGGCUCAAUACAGGAUCAAAAGACCUCUUUGCAGAAUGUGCCAAACUGGAUGAGAAAGGCUUAAAAGCAAUGGUGUCUCAAGGAGUGAAAAACCCUCUAAUAGAUUUAACAGCUUUGGAAGAUAAAACAUUAGAUGAAGGCUAUGGUGUUGCUUCUGUGGCCUCUACAUCAAAUGCCUCAAAGUCCGCUAGAGAAAGUAGCAAUGCUGCCAUCAUAAAACGCUUUAAUCAUCAUAGUGCCAUGGUCCUUGCAGCUGGCCUCAGGAAACAAGAAGCACAAAAUGACCAUUACAGUGAGACCAGCAGUACGGAUGGAAACUCCAGGGAUUCAGAUUUCUUUCAGCCACCACUGAAAAAGGUAAAACUGCAGGAGGCCAUUGAAUACGAAGAUUUAUCAAAGAAUAAUAGCGUUAAAACUAUUGCACUAAACUUAAAGAAAUCUGAUAGGUAUUACCAUGGUCCAACUCCAAUUCAAUCACAGCAAUAUGCAACCAGUCAGGAUAUAAUUAAUUCAUUUAAUAGUAUUAGACAAGAAAUGGAAGCAUAUGUACCCAAACUAACUCAGGUUCUUUCAAGUGGUGAUGCUGCCAGCACUAUUGCAGUCCUGUCACCUGGAGGAGCACUUAUGCAGGGUGGAACACAGCAAGCCAUAAACCAGAUGGUGCCAAAUGACAUUCAGUCUGAACUGAAACACUUGUAUGUGGCAGUAGGGGAACUGCUACGACACUUCUGGUCCUGCUUCCCUGUUAACACACCAUUCCUAGAAGAAAAGUUGGUAAGUCAUAUAGAAGAGAUGCUGCAGACAGCCUACAAUAAGUUCCACACGUGGCAGUCCCGGCGCAUGCUGAAGAAGACGUGAGGGCACAUCCUGUACAGGUCUGAGAGCAAAGCCUGCAAUAGGGUAGGACUACAGCCUAGGUAUGUGCAGAUCUUAGAGUUGUUGCAGGAAGACUGCAAGCUGUGGACUUCUGGAAAUGAUGCUAACUGAACUUGCACAUUUUUGAAAAAGAACUGAGAUUAAACUUGAAAACUGGGGAGAAAAGGAAGAACCAAAAUGGAAGAGCUGAGGCGCAAAUAUAUUUAAAAGACACUGUUUACUGCAGUUACUCAGGAACUGCUUUUGAUUUGCAUAAAGAGCUGCUUUCAGAAAUAAAAAACUUAAAGAGGGUGUAUUAAUAAAAUUUGUUUUUCUGUCUAAUUUUUUUUUAAGAAGUGUAUGGCACAGGGUAGAUCUCAAAAGUUUUUCUUCACUGGAUUCUGACAUUUUCUUGGGUUCCAUUUGUACUUUCUGCAACAGUUUAACAAUGAUGUUUUAAAACAUAGCUGAGACUGUUUUUGCUUCAAACAUCUGGGAGAGUGUAGCUGUCAGAAGACAAGCUCCUGCCAUAUAUAUUUCCCCAUCAAUUGGAAGCAAGAGACAUUGCACUGAAAGCUGUUCAUGGUCUGGAGUCCCUAAAGGUACACAGGGGCAAAGUUUUGCCUGAAGUCUUCGAUUUUUAUGCAAAAUUUUUUCAGCCAUCAGUUUUGCAUGUUUCCUUUUGAGUGCAAGUGUGUGCUACUGCAAUCUUUUUUUUUUAUGGUGGCAUUUGUUCUGAGAAGAGAAUGCAUUUUUAAAAAUGAAGUUAAAUAAAGUUUCUUACAACAGAAGUAAUUUAUUUUCAAUUCUAAGGCAUUUUUUAUUUCUUCUCCUGUUUUCCUUCACUCUUUCGUUUUGACUAUUAUACUGUUUUUGGCGAAUUGAUAAUCAUUGCAAAGAGAAAAAUGUGUUAUUUACAGUGUCCAUAGGUAUUGGGAAUCUGUGCCAUACUUUGUUCUAAAUAGAAACAGUUCACAGUUUCAGACCAACUUGUCUUGUAUUAAAUGUGACUUAAAUGCAAAGUAACCCCCUUUUCUAGAAUAUAUGCAGUUUAUGACAACCUUGGAUUUUUUGGUCACUUUGACUGGACGAAAGCUCAUUAUGGGCUACUAAACUUUUUUACUUCAGAUUAAAUGUGACUGUUAAAGAUGUAUCUACUACAAAGACAAAUCAGACUGACAAUAUGUAUUCAAAGCAAGCACAGCAGUGUGCAGUACAGUAGAAGAAAUUCCUCAAACCUGCAUGAUGGCUUAAGACUACAUUUUGGUAUGAUGCUCAAACAUGAUAGUAUGAUGUUGAGUUAAUAAUUCUUGAAAAUUCCUACAGCAGAAAAGAUGUAUUGGUGUAGCCAAGUGGGUGCUUGUUCUGUGCUCUGCUGCUCUGUUUAUGCAAGAGGGGGUUUUUCUUUUUCUAGUGUGUGGAAGUCAGCGGCUUCUUUUGACCCUUUUCUUUCAAAAUUUGUAUUAUGCUAUAACAUUCUGGUAAAAGCUGUUUCAGUUAAGCAUCACUGUCUGCACCAAAGUCCUGUUCAGAAGAGUGUGCAUAUUGUUCAGCCUCGUUCCCUGUCUGUUGCUGCAGAUCCAUGCAUGAUCCCUGCCCCACACCGUCCGGGUGGUUCUGCUACAAGAAGUGACUGGGCUCAACCAGAGAUGCCCACUGGUCUUGACAGGGUGAAAAUGUCACUAGGAGUAAACAGAUGCACUACAGCAUUUGGGGGAUGAGGUGCACAUCUUGUCAAGAGUUACCUCUUGUGAGAACUAAACUUUCUCUAAAAUUUAGGCUUAGGGUGGGGCUUUAUGAAGCCAAAUCCCCUUGUAAGUGCAGACAUCUCCCAGAAAAAAAAGGUAGUUUUGUUCUCCCCCAGUCCAAAGCAUUUGGUCUAGCAAUUCUGGGGCCAAAUUCCAACUGAAAGCUAACACACCUUUCAUCAUAUCAGAGGGCUAGGGUCAAGAAAACAGGUCUGAUUUACAUUCUAACUGUGCCUGAAGCUAUGAGCAAUGCAUUUAAGUAUUAGACUGCACUGAGACUUUACUUAAAAAAAUCUUAGAAGAGUUUUGAAUACGGAACUAAUUCACAUUUAAUUGGAAUGUAUCUAGUGUUCCUGGGACGAAUGGGCAAAAUGGUUAACAUGGCAAAAAAGUGUCAGUGCAUCGCAAGAACAUUUUACAGCUCCUAGGACUGAUGUUUAUAACCAUUUUGGGGAUGGUGUUGCAAUAGCUUUAAGUUAUUAUAAUGAUAUCAGGCUAUCAAAAUGUACCUUAAUGACCAGAAUUAGGGGGAGGAGGACUGAUACUAAAUUCAACAGUUUUGCCUAGAGGCUGUACGGGCAAGGCUGCUAUGCACUUCAUAUUGCUUUUUCAGGUAUUGUGGCAAUAAGGCACAGGCCCCUCCUCAAGUUAAUGGAGGUAAACGAAAUAUUCUUUCUACAUUAUGUUCCCCUUUUCUGUAGCAUGGUCCAAAACACAGAUUCAUUCCUUAAGUUUUGAAACUGAAUAAUCAUGCAUUAUAUUACUAUUGGAAUCUUUAUACUGACUUGUAUUUUUAAUGAGAAUUCAUAAAACUUGUAUCAUUGGCAUUGAUCUAAGAUUUGUAGAAUAAACCCUACUGAAUUCUGAA